UUUUCCUCAUUCCCACCCACACCCACAACCCCAGCCCCACUCUCCUCCCCCUAUCUGUUCAGUCACUGUUCAGUUACAUUCAAGGAAUUCCUCAAAGUUGAGCACGCCUUACUUCAUCGAGUGAAAGCUACCUCCUGGGGUUCCAACUAAGCUCACUUUCUGUGUGAGUCGAUAUCUGAGGAGUGGAUACAGAACACACCACUAAACCUCAGCUUCAUCUACAGAAUUUUCUACUUCCUGGGUUGGAUCACUGAGUCAGACAGGUAUGAUGGCCAGCGACCUCCAGAUGAACUCUGAACAAUUGAGGUCGAAGCCUCCCGCCAGAUGCAGGAGCCCCUUCAACAGCAUCAAGUUCUUCGUGCUAUGCCAUGGUAUGCUCCAGCUGGCCCAACUGUUGGUGUCUGGGUAUCUGAAGAGCUCCAUCUCCACUAUAGAGAGACGCUACGGCUUCUCCAGCCAGAAGUCUGGCAUCCUGGCCUCAUUCAAUGAGGUGGGGAACACGGUCCUGAUAGUGUUUGUCAGUUUCUUUGGUAGCCGUGUUCACCGACCGCGGUUCAUCGGUGGAGGGGCACUGGUGGCCAGUCUGGCUGCUUUGAUGAUGGCCCUGCCUCAUUUCAUCAGUGGCCCCUACGAGUACACAGUCCACAUCAGCCAAUCCAAGGAUGACAACUCUGGCCUCUGCCAAUUAGAGAGCUCCUUCCAAACACCCUUGUCCAAUCACAGCUGCACACAGCAGGAGAGUCAUGCUCAGCAGGGCGUAUUCCCGCUCCUGCUCCUAGGACAGCUACUCCUGGGAAUCGGCGGCGUUCCCAUCCAACCCUUCGGAAUCUCCUACAUUGAUGACUAUGCCAGCAAGAGAAACUCUCCCUUCUACCUCGGUAUUCUCCUGGCUGUCACGUCUAUCGGUCCUGCAUUUGGUUUCAUGAUGGGCUCCUUCAUGCUGAGUUUUUAUGUCGACAUCGACAAGAUGUCCAAAGAUGAGAUAGGUCUGGAGAGAGGGGACCCUCGCUGGGUGGGAGCCUGGUGGUUGGGCUUUGUCGUGGCAGCCUCCUUCCUCUUUCUCACCUCCCUGCCCUACCUCUUCUUCCCCCAACAGAUGCCAAAAGAGGAAGCUGCAGGCGAUGCCAAAGAACCCAGAGGCGAGGAGGAAAAGAAACCACUGCCAGACCCCAUCCAGGAACUCACCCUCACACAGUUCCUCAAAAGUUUCCCCCGUAUUGCCCUGCGGACCCUGCAGAACCCCAUCUACCUGUUGGUGGUGCUGGCACAGGUCCACCUGGCAGCUAUGAUAGCGGGCCUUGCCACCUUCAUGGCCAAGUUCAUAGAGCGCCAGUUCACCCAGACCGCCUCCUUCUCCAACAUGAUGAUCGGUGGGGUGAACAUCCCUCUGGCGGUGCUGGGCAUCGUGCUGGGCGGGGCUCUGAUGAGGAGGCUGAGUAUCUCUACUAGAGGCUCCGCCCUCAUGUGCACGUCAGCCAUCUUGAUGUGUAUACUCACCGCUCUGCCUCUCCUCCUCCUCGGCUGCUCUACACAGAGGGUCACUGGCGUCUACCCCACCAAACAGAACAGGUCUUUGGAGUGUAGCUCUAGGUGCUCCUGUCCAACUGAGGCCUUUAACCCAGUGUGUGGCUCAGACGGGGUGGAGUUCAGAUCGCCCUGUCAUGCAGGCUGCUUGACCAAAGUGCUGGACGAUAACACCAGCAAAAUCCUGAAAUACACCGACUGUGGCUGCAUAGGGGUCAGCGGAUCCUAUGGUUAUGCGUUGCCAGGGACAUGCGGUAGCGACUGUAAACACCUCCUCCUGCCCUUCAUGGUUCUCUCUGCUCUCACCUGCUUCAUUGCAUCAUUCUCACAGACCCCAUCCUACAUGAUGAUACUGAGGACAGUGAGACCAGAGGAUAAGUCUUUUGCUGUGGGGGUUCAGUACAUGCUCUUCAGAGUGCUGGCGUUCCUGCCAGCCCCAGUCCUGUAUGGCACUGCCAUAGACACCACCUGUAUCAUCUGGGGGAAGAAGUGUGGGAGGAACACAUCCUGUCACUACUACAACAUGGACCUCUUCAGACAGAGGUUCCUGGGUCUGCAGGCAUUCUUUGUCACUGGAGCGUUUGUCUGCUUCCUGCUCUCCCUCCUGGUCCUGAAACAUAGGGCAGGAAAACAAGGCCAGCAGGCAGGACAGGGAUACACUAUGAUUGACAGAGAGCAGAGUCCAGACAAGAACACUGCCUCCAAAGAAUUACAGAGUAUGGCAGCAUGAGAGAGGCCUAAUAGAGAAGGAGAAAAAGAAAGAAAGAAAGAAAGAAAGAAAGAAAGAAAGAAAGAAAGAAAGAAAGAAAGAAAGAAAGAAAGAAAGAAAGAAAGAAAGAAAGAAAGAAAGAAAGAAAGAACUGAAUUGCGAGCUGAAUAGAAAGUCUAUUUCUAUCCCCCAGAGGGUCAUGAUGAAGACUACAGAAAUGAGAGCUGCUCCUUAGAAUUCUCUCUCAUUGAGAGUCCAUCCCUUACUGUGUGUGUCCUCCAUUUUGUCCAUGGGAGGACUUGUUACUUUCUCUUCCUUUUCCCUGUUGGCCAAUGAGCAGUGCUUCGAAAGUGUUGGGGAAGCUACUCUGAAAAUAUAGGUUACCAAGCUAGCAAUUACUUCACACUGGAAGAAGUUAAGCUACACAAAAGCUACCCUUUAAAAAAAAUAUAUAUAGUUUUAUUAAACUAAAGUUACUUUGAAAAAGGAGUUCACUACAUUAAAAAUACUUAGUGAAAAUUAAUAAAAAUAAAAAUUACAUCAAAUGUCAGACUACCAAUUGCAAUAAAGCAUCACUUUGGGGUAUCAACAGAAUGUGUAAUUAAGCCUAUUAAACACAAAAACUAUGUAUCAAGUGAGAAUUAAGUCAUGUGUGGCUCAAUUGGCAGAGCAUGGUGCUUGCAAUGCCAGGGUUGGGGGUCUGAUUCCCAUGGGGGACCAGUACGAAAAUGAAUCCAUUCUGAGUAAGCGCGUCUGCUAAAUGAAUUAGGCAGGUGUGAUGCAGAAAAAGGAAAUUAUUGACUACAUCACCCAUUUUAUUUUUGCAAAAAAGUAGGGUGGAGUUCCAGUAGUUAACUACACUCCUACAUGGCAAAAAGUAAUUAGGUGUGCAACUCCAGAUUUCUUACAUACUCAUAUUAUUAUUAUUUGAUUUCUUUAGCCCGUUCGAACUUAAACGAUUUAACACGAAACCAACUUCCAAAUGCCCAGACUGAGCCAACUGGGGUUGCUUGAGAAAAAUAUUUUUUAUAACAUUUAUACUUUUUGAACCAUAUCAAUAUUUAAAUGAGCUCCCAAUGGAUUUCAAUGGGAAAAAGGGUCAUAGAUUUGAAUUGUAAUAAAAAUUAAAAAAUGGAGAUUCUAGACCAAUCUCUACUAAGCUAUUAACUCCAAACCAACAUUGAAAUGUUCAGACUGGCCCAACUUAGAUUUAUUGUCAAAGGAUUUUCUUAUACUAUGUAUACUUUUUUAACUAUAACGAUCUUAAAUGUCCAUAAAUGAACAUGAGUUUAAAUGAGAACCAUAGGAAUACAGGGGUAGCUUAUCAAAAUGGACCAGUUCCUUGGCCAGUUAAGCUACAAGACCAACUUUAAAACAUUCAGGCUAUACCUACUUCAAAUUCUUUAAAAGCUUUAUUAACUAUAACUACAUGAAUGUGUCCCACAUUUGCAUGAAUUAACUCACCAACAGUAACUCUUAGACCAUUCAAACUAGAGACACCAAAACAACUGUCACAUGUUCAGGCUAUCCUAUACCUUUCUAGUUACCUACUAAAAAUACUACCAUAUUUUCAUUUAGUUCAAGUAACACUAAGCUACUGCAAAAUGUAUUUCAAUUACUGCUUGAACUACAUAGUUCCCUACUCCCAAAACUGUGCUUAGAGAAAGUACACUAUUACUGUGCCCAAACUGACUGUAAUAAUGUGCACAGCAAGUGCUGUAUCUGAGCCAUGGCACAUUUACUAUAGCAUGUCAAUAUCUGGGACCAGUCUGAGUGGUUCCCUAUCCACUGAAACAAGGUCAGACCUUUUUCUAUACCUCUUAUGGUUAAGGUUAGGACUUGGGGAGGAUAAGCUGCUAUAAGCUGAUCCUAGACCUCUAGAGGGUCAUCUCUACCUACAGGAGACACCUGAUCUAUGAACUGUAGAUCAGUGCUAUCAGACCAGAGAGCAUUAGAUAACCAAACUUACCAAGCCAAUGUUCUUCAGAUGUUGUUUUUUUAUACCAUUUUUAUAUACCAUAUAUUUUUCUGAUUUAAAAAAAAAUAAAUAUUUUUGUCCUUUGUAAACAAUA